AUGGGCGCGAAAGCAUCAAAACCUGUUCAAUCGGCGACGCGGAAGUUCCCCGCGAGGGCGCCCGGCAAUGCCGCUCCACCACAUACUCGACCACAGCCGUCGGCGCAACCUCGUGAACCCCGCCCUUCUUCUAUGAAAGACGAUGCCAUCAAAAGAGACAGUGUAGAUCCAGACCCGAAUCCUAUGACAAACGCGGCGUUCUCGCAGCGUCUGAAGCAGAUGGGCGUUGCGACACCAAACCCGACGCUAUCGAAUUCGUCAACCGCAACUUCUUAUCCCGGCUUCCCAGAGCAAAAGCCUGGAGAACCUAGGUUCCCUCCAUCAACCCAGAAUACCACGUUGAACGCCCUCGAGGCGCGGCAGCGGUUGCAGGAACGUGCGCAAGCCGAGUAUGAGGACAGGAGUCAGGGGAGUGAAUUUUUAGACGUGGGGACUCUGACACAGGUACUCAUCAUGCAGGGACGAGGUGUCCCGCAUGCCGAUAUCGAGAAGAGGUUUAGGCUUAAGAGAGGCGUCGUAGACAGAUUAGGGCCUAAGGGAGUUACUGUGCCAUAUGGCCAAAUCCUAUGA